GCUAAACAGAUGGCGAUGACAGAUGCGUCAUAUUAGUUCUCAAUCUGAGUAUUUUUUAAUUUUCUCGACAAUCAUUUAUCAUUUAAUCGAUUAGUUUUUAAAAAUUCACGAUAGUUGCAUUGAUAAUCUCAUUUCUUGUGAUAAUUAAAUACCCAAGCAAUAAAAUAAUAAUAAGGAAAAGUUAAAAAAUAAAUAGAAAGUGAAAUAAAAAAAGUAAAGCCUUCCAAUCGAUAAACUUGUCAUCAAACCUCGCAGACGAGCAGACGAGCAGACGAGCAGACGAGUAUUGUGCGCAUGAUUUUUUUUCUUAUUGCUCGUUAAUUAUUUAUCAGUUUUCUUACAAUAAACUUGGGCGAGAAGAAAAAUGUCUGCAUCAAUGAUUUCAAACGCCAAGCUCCAAGAUGACAUGAGCAGCAUCCCACUUGCUGAUGACGACCCACAAGUAAUUAUUCCUGAAGAAGACGUUCCGGAUAACGAAACGCACAUGUCGGAUCCAUUUGGUAGAGGACAUAGUAUGGAUUCAAUACCAUCCACGUUUACCAAUGGCAGCUGUAGUCCAAACAGCUUAGAUCCCGAUGUUAGUCCUGAUGAACAAGAAGAAAAAGCAAGAUUAAUAGCUCAAGUUCUUGAACUCCAAAAUACAUUAGAUGAUUUGUCACAGAGGGUAGACAGCGUUAAAGAAGAAAACUUAAAAUUAAGAAGUGAAAAUCAAGUAUUGGGACAGUACAUUGAAAAUUUAAUGUCUGCAUCUAGUGUAUUUCAAUCUACUAGUCCCAAGACUAAAAAGAAGUAAGCUUUCAUUUUAUAAAUGAGUUUUAAAUGCUAGAUAAUAAUAAUAAUUAUAAAAAUUAUAAUUAUAAUUAUAUUAUUUAUCGAAUAAUGGUUAAACUAGUCGGCCAUGAUUUUUAUAAUGCAAUAACGAUAAAUAUUUUUUUUAAUCAAAUUAUUUUAUUUUUUAAUAAUCGGAUAGUAGAAAGAUAAGCACUCGAGUAUUGGUUACAUAAGUUUUAAUAAUUGAUUUAUUUUUAUUGUAUUUAACAAAAAAAAUUGUCUUUGAGCUCGACCAAUCUAACGCUUGAUCACCAAAGAAUAAAAUUGCAAUUAAAUGUUUUCCACAUUUUUUUACUGCCAAGUGUGCUUGAGAGCUUAAUACGUAUUUUAUUACGAGCUAGUAAUCAAUUGAAGUAUUUGAAAAUUGUAAUUAAUUAGCUAUUGUUUAUGCUUUUUUUUUUUAAAAAAUUUUCUUUUAUUUAUUUUUAGUAUCGUAAGAAAAUAAAUAUUUAUAAUUAUAAAUAAAAAAAAAAAUUCAACGGGGAUUUAAUCUCCGAGCACGAGCUUUGCUUAAGGUACUUCAAUUGAAAGAAUGUACUGCUGUGUAAUUGGUGUACAGAAAUGGACAAAAAAAGGAACAAAGUUAUAUUAGAUAAAUAUGUUUAUGAAAAAAUUCUUAUACAUAGAAAGUACUAUCUAAAUAUAUAUAAUAAUAAUUAAAAUUUAUUAGAUUUAUAAACUAAUAAAAAAAAAAAUAAAAUAACUGUUGCGUUCGCGUGUUUUCUUUGCCGCUAUUGAUGUGACACGCAAUCAGUAAUUAUUUUUUAUUUAAUAUGAUAACAAUGUAAAAGAUAAACUUGUCAAAGUGUUUAAUAAUGCUCAUGGGCACAAAGUGACUGCACAAUUCCAAAAAAUAAAUAAAAAAAAAGUAACUGAAAAACUAUAACUAUUAUUCCACUGUUAAACAUCACGUUUUAAAAUAAAUAUAUAAUGAAUCUCUUUAA